AUGUCCAGAAAGCUUCUAUUGCUGACCAACGUCGACCGUGGUCAAGCAAAUGUGUUCCUGGCCGUGGCUUCGGCGUUGUUGGAAACAGAGACGGAAAUUGAAAUCCACUUUGCUUCAUUCGCAGGCCUUGAAUCAGAAGUCUACUCACUGUGGCAAAAUGCCUCCAGCCCGGAUGCGAUGGCAAAGCCAAUACAUUUCCACAGACUCGGAGGUUUGACAAUGGAAGAAGGCUUAAAACAGUAUUUUGGCACAACAUCAAUUCCAUGUCGCGAAAAUUACUUGCCUGAAUCUUACCUUUCCCCCUUAGGAUUCAGAACAACAUUGCAAGCAAUUCGAGAUACAAUGGCAAUCGCAGUCCCGUACACCGGCCACGAGAUGCAGGUUCUGUUCUCGUCCAUCGUCAACAUCAUUACGUCAGUAUCGCCGGACUUGAUUCUAGUUGAUAGCCUGAUGACUGCAGGUCUCACUGCCUGCUAUCAUUUGGGUGCAAAGUUCUUUUGUCUGAGUCCAAACUCCAUCAAAGAGUUCUCUGGACCAUCACAGCCGAGAGCCUCUAGUCUUUGGAAAACACCAGCGCUAUUUUCCGGAUUCAAGUAUCCAGUACCUUGGUAUUUGAUACCAUUGAACGUCUUUUUCUCCUUGUAUACGGCAUUUACGUUUAAGACUGAUGCUCAUAUCAGAGACGUCUACGCUCACAUGUUGACUUAUGCAGAGGCUACCCUCAGAACGCCUGUCGAUUUACUUCUUAAUAGACCAGAAAGUGCGAGAAUUCUCGUGGGAACAUUGCCGGAGCUUGACUUUCCGGCAGUCAUCCCUCCGCAUAUUAUUCCAUGUGGGCCAAUUCUCAUGAGGGCUCGCCCUGUUGAAGAUGAUGACAUGGAAUUGGCCAAGUGGUUAGCCAAAGGCCCAACUAUUUACAUUAACCUUGGAUCUAUAUGCCAAGUUUCUGAAGACCAGGCUUGCGAGCUCGCGAGCGCGAUUCGAACCGUUUUGAGAACGGUGCCUUCAGCACCAACAUCACCUCCUCUUCAGGUCCUCUGGAAAUUGAAAAAGCAGGGCGUCUACGACGUUCACGAGCCUGGCUGCAAGAUUUUUGACAUUCUUGGGGACGAAUUCAAGCUCGGGCUUGUGAGAAUCUGUGGGUGGCUCAAGCCUCAGCCAAUUGCAAUUCUAAACACUGGGCAUAUUAUUUGUAAUAUACAUCAUGGUGGCGCAAACUCAUAUUAUGAAGCCGUAAGCGCAGGUGUCCCUCAAGUAGUGCUGCCUCAGUGGACGGAUUGCUACGACUACGCGCAACGUGUUGAACUGCUAGGCAUUGGUAGACUAGGGAGCAGGAGCUCAAAGCCUUUAUGGAAUGCACAGGAGUUGGUCAGAGAGAUCCUACAUGUGUUGGUUGGUGUCGAAGCUGCGAAUACCAGACAUAGAGCCAUGGAACUCGCAGCCUUAUGCCAGAGAAAAGGUAAUGGCGCUGGAAAAGUGGCCAAGUACAUAACGCAGGAAAUACAGUGA